CGCGCGCGCACGUGUAUCUAAACAUGUAAUAAAAUAUAUAAAACAAUAAAAAGUUUAAUUUCACGUUCGCGUUAUUAAAUAUAUAUAUGUGUGUGUAUGUUUUGAGUUUAACCUUAGCAUUUAUACGUAAUCGUAUACGUAUCGUUGACAGUACAUUAUCGGUAUAUAUUAUACGUAAUGCCAUUGUUUUCGAACAAGUUCUCUCCUAAAAAGACUCCUACAAGAAAAGUGGGAGUUUUUUUAGCGAACAAGAAUUUUAGUCCAAAACGUAUAGAAAAAGAACUCGGUCCUAAUAUUGGUCCUAUACGUUUAAAAUUGGGAGAUCAAGAAACUGUCUUCGAAUCUGGUUCAUGGAUUCCAGAAUCAGGCAAAAUCGGAGGCACAUAUAAAGAAAAUGAGAAAUUAAAAAAGGAAAUAAAGAGAUUGGAAGAUGAGAAUAAUUUAUUGAAAUUAAAAUUUGAAGUACUUCUUGAUAUGUUAACACAAACAACAGCAGAAUGUCAUUCGCAGAAGGAACAACUAAACAAAUUGAAACAGAUGUUACCAUAUGAUAAAGGCAGAGACUCUUGAUAUGAAGAUACAUUAUUAUAAUUCAUUUUUUUUCAUGUCAUAUUAAAUUUUGGAUUUAAUUAAA